AUGUCCACCCCAGACUCAUCCAAGCCCAAGCCCCAUCGGGUCCUCGCUUGCGUCCUCUGCCAACAGCGCAAAGUGAAAUGCGACCGCACGUUUCCCUGCUCGAAUUGCGUCAAACAUGGCGUUCAGUGCGUUCCAGCGACUCAGCCCAGGCAACGAAGACGAAGAUUUCCUGAGCGUGAGUUGUUGGAUAGGUUGAGGAGGUAUGAGGCGUUGAUGAAGCAGAAUAAUGUCAAGUUUGAUCCGCUUCAUGAAGAUAAUGGGACCGAGAAGAGUUCGCCGAAUGACUAUCACUCUGACAGGGAUCAUGGUGAUGAGGAUGAUUCCCAGGUUAGAUCUGACGGUGUUGCUGAGGUCAAGAACAUUUGGCACGCAAUGCGCCAAGGGUAUCAAGAUCCUAACGAUAGGUUCUUCGAAACAGCAUUCAGCCACGCGCAAGAUCAAUCCUUCAACAAUGAUGAACACAUGCUUUUCGGCUCCCGCCAAACAGCCGUCGAGCUCGACACACUUCAUCCAGAACCCGCUCAACUCUUUCGGCUCUGGCAGGUAUACCUUGAUAAUGUCAACCCUCUCCUAAAAGUGACACAUACACCGACUCUGCAAGGUCACAUCGUCGAAGCUGCGUCGAACCUCAAAGAAAUUCCUUCGACUCUUGAAGCUCUCAUGUUUGGUAUCUACUGUAUGGCUAUACUGAGUCUUACUUCUGAGGAGUGUGAGACCAUGUUUAAGCAGACCAAGGAAGAGCUGUCGACGAGAUUUCAGUUUGGUUGUCAGCAGGCGUUGUUGAACAGCAAUUUCCUCCGUACCGGUAGUCGAGAGUGCUUGACUGCACUAUUCCUCUAUCUCGUGUCCGUCCGCUCAGCCAGCCACCCAAAAUCCAUCUCAGCCAUGCUCGCCGUCGCAAUGCGCAUCGCUCAAAGAAUGGGUCUCCAGAGCGAAAACGUCAACGCCAGAAGCAGCGUUCUCGAAGCAGAAAUGCGCCGCAGACUCUGGUGGUCUUUGGUCCUCUUCGACUCCCGAGUUAGCGCCUUGGGAGAUCAUAAACCAACGAGUCUAGCCCCAGGGUGGGAUUGCGCUUUGCCCAUGAACGUCAGUGAUUCUGAACUUCGGGAGGAAACUAAAAAUCCGCCCAAGGUCCAAGAGCAAGCUACCGAGGCUAUUUUUACUGUUGUGAGAAGUGAGCUUGGAGAGUAUAUACGGAAUAGUCCGUUUUACAUCGCGUUUACGAAUCCGUUGAUGAAGCCGUUGGCAAAGAAGCUGCCAGAAGGUGGAGAUGUUGCUUUGGAGAGGAUGAUAGAGGAAAAGUAUCUCAAGUUCUGUGAUGCUGAUAACCGUCUACACUACAUGACCCUUUGGACAGCGAGGGCUAGUAUCGCAACAUGCCGCCUCAUGAACGACUUCCUCGUCUAUCUCGAAACUUCAGCUACAUACAACCAAGCGAAUCAUGAAGCUGCAGUCUCCUACGCCAUUGAUUGGCUAGAAUGCGACGCAAAGCUCUCAAGUUCGCCUCUAACGAAAGGCUUCCGUUGGUUUCUACAGCUUUACUUCCCUUUUCCAGCCUAUAUACGAAUUAUCCAGCACCUGAAGACCCAGCCAUUCAGCAGCAUUGCGGAAAGGGGAUGGAAAGUAAUGAAGGAAAAUUACGAAGCUCGGUAUGAGGGAGCAGACGGCGACAGAUGGCACCCCAUUUUCAAACCAUUUGCGAAUAUUGUUCUGUAUGCUUGGGAUACGGUCAAGAAAGCUUAUGAUCAAGCUGAAAGGGAGAUUGAAACACCAGAGCUGGUGGACUUUAUCAACGAAAAGACAGCGGAUAUGUCCUUGGAUGGGAAUGAACCAACUGGUUCACAAGCUCAGGGUAAUACUGGUAUGGAAAUGGAUGGUGUUCAGCUUCAGAUGCCGUUUGGCUUUGGCGACCCGGGUGUGUUUUUCAACCUGGGUGCACAGCCUGGCUUUGACCCUGUCAGUUCGGCACCGUAUAUGGCGGGGGGAGCGCCGUUAACGGUGAGUAUGAAUCAGCUUAACUGGAGUUCGAUGAAUUGGGGGAUGGCUGGUAUGGGUGACAAUGGAAACUGGUAA